CGGUUGUCCUUGACGCCGUUGCACACGUUGUUCACGGUUUACACGACGAAGAUUUCUCAGGAGGAAACUCUCUCUCUCUCUCUCUCUCUCUCUCUGAAUUUCUUCUGUCAUUUCCGAGGACGAUCCUUUGACCCUAAUUCGGAAAUCGAACCUUGUAAGGUAUCAAAACCCCUUUUCUCUCUUUUGUACGUGUUGAUUCUUUGUCGCUGAGGAUAAGUAAACCCCAUCCUUAUCCGCUCUGUAAUCUUUUGCUACUCUUUUGUCUCUUUUUCUGCAUAUCUUCGUUUUGAUCAGUAUAUAUAUGUAUAUAUUGCGAUUGAAUCCCAAUAUAUCUGUUUCAGUGUUUGUAAUGUCCUUGGAAUAAACCCAUAUGAUGUGUUGGGUAAUAUUUGGUGUUACCAGUAUUCAUGAACAAUUAUUCAUUCAAGAAUCAUCACAAAGAAGCCAAAAUUAGUGUUUGUUAAUGGAUAAUUACGGUUCAUCAUCUCCAUACCCAAACCACAAUCCCUAUGCAUACCCACCACCACCAAAUUCAGAUCCAUACCCCCCCGAUCCUUAUCCUUACCCAUACACUGCCGCGCAGUCUUACCCUUAUGCAUACCCGCCGCCGCCUUCACCCUCUCCCCAUUCAGGCCCUUUGGACUAUUACCACCAUCCUCCUCCCCCGCCAACUUCACCCUCUCCCCAUUCAGGCCCUUUUGACUAUCACCACCAUCCUCCUCCCCAUCCAUACCCAUAUCCGGUUACACCAGAUUCUCAUAUUCCUCCUCAACCAACCCUUCAACAACAUAGUAGCUUCCAAUAUGGUUCCUCCCAUUACCAAUAUCCACUAUACCCGUCUCCUGAAAUUGCAGGCCUGCCCCAAGCCCCUCCCCGUGAGAAUGGAUUCUCCAAUCAUCUCCAGCAGGAUAGUUCCAGUUCUAUAGGAAUUGGGUCAUCUUUGAAUGUUGACAGUAUCAAUGAUCCCAUCCCUUCUCGCCCUUCUGCUUACCCACCUUUGGAUUAUCUCUUGAGUAAUGUUCAGUUGUCUGAUAAUCACCCUGCAUCGCCCUUGGCACCUUCUGUGCCAUCAUUGACAAGUGCCCCUCCUAGUGCAAGGUAUGAUAGGCAGGGAGAAUUUUAUGGCUAUCCUAAUGACUCGAUUUCGAGUGCUUCGGAGAGGCCGUAUUUUUCAGCUCCGAUUGAUUCAUCUGGACAAUCUGAUUAUAGCCACUCGAGCUCAUUCAAUGGGUCACAGCAUAGUCAGAACUUGCAGCUUGUGCCACUGCAGAAUAAAGGGUCAUUGAAGGUGUUGCUCUUACAUGGGAAUUUGGAUAUUUGGGUUAAUCAUGCACAUAACCUUCCAAAUAUGGACAUGUUCCAUAAAACUUUGGGGGAUGUGUUUUCCAAAUUACCAGGGAACAUGAGCAACAAAAUUGAAGGCCACAUGAAUCAUAAGAUCACCAGUGAUCCUUAUGUUUCAAUUAGAGUGUCAAAUGCUGUGAUUGGGAGGACUUUUGUGAUUAGCAAUAAUGAAAAUCCUGUUUGGAAGCAACAUUUCAAUGUUUCUGUUGCGCAUGAUGCUGCUCAAGUGCAUUUUUAUGUUAAGGAUAGUGACGUAGUGGGGUCACAACUUAUAGGAGUCGUGUCAAUUCCAGUGGAACAGAUAUAUUCAGGGGCAAAGGUUGAAGGAACCUACCCAAUCCUGAAUAAUAGCGGGAGGCCUUGUAAGCCCGGAGCUGCCUUGAGUCUUUCAAUUCAGUACACCCCGAUUGAGAACCUGACCAUUUAUCAUCAAGGAGUGGGGGCUGGCCCUGAUUACCAUGGAGUUCCUGGAACAUACUUUCCUCUCAGGAAAGGAGGAACUGUAACUCUUUAUCAAGAUGCCCAUGUUCCAGAUGGGUCCCUUCCGAACCUGAAGCUUGACGGAGGGAUGUAUUAUGUACAUGGGAAGUGUUGGCAUGACAUUUUUGAUGCGAUACGCCAGGCCCGCCGUUUGAUUUACAUUACAGGGUGGUCAGUGUGGCACAAAGUCAGACUGGUCAGGGAUGCUGGUCGUGGUUCAAAUUACACCCUAGGGGAUCUUCUGAGGUCCAAGUCCCAGGAAGGAAUAAGAGUACUGCUGCUUAUUUGGGAUGACCCUACAUCAAGAAGCAUUUUGGGUUACAAAACGGAUGGAAUAAUGCAAACCCAUGAUGAGGAAACUCGCCGUUUUUUCAAGCACUCUUCUGUACAAGUGCUACUUUGUCCCCGCAUUGCCGGAAAGCGACAUAGCUGGAUCAAACAAAGGGAAGUUGAAACAAUCUAUACACACCAUCAAAAAACUGUAAUUGUGGAUGCUGAUGCUGGCGACAAUAGAAGAAAAAUAAUAGCUUUCGUUGGAGGACUUGAUUUAUGCGAUGGGCGAUAUGACUCUCCACAGCAUCGUAUAUUUAGCACACUCCAAACAGUGCAUAAGGAUGACUAUCACAACCCUACCUACACGGGUAACACUGCUGGUUGUCCACGAGAGCCGUGGCAUGAUUUGCACUCCAAAAUUGAUGGUCCAGCGGCGUAUGACGUUCUGACCAACUUUGAGGAUCGCUGGUUAAAGGCUGCAAAACCCCAUGGGAUUAAAAAACUGAAAACUUCAUAUGAUGAUGCCUUGCUUAGGCUAGAAAGAAUUCCAGACAUCAUUGGACUGUCUGAUGCUACUUGCACUAACGGGAAUGAUCCAGAAGCUUGGCAUGUUCAGAUUUUUCGAUCUAUUGAUUCAAAUUCUGUUAAAGACUUCCCAAAGGAUCCACAAAAAGCCACAACCGAGAACCUGGUUUGUGGGAAGAAUGUGCUGAUUGACAUGAGCAUACACACGGCAUAUGUUAAAGCCAUUCGUUCUGCGCAGCAUUUCAUUUAUAUAGAGAACCAGUAUUUCAUUGGAUCUUCGUACAAUUGGGAUUCGAAUAAAGACGUAGGUGCUAAUAAUUUGAUUCCAAUGGAGAUUGCCCUUAAAAUUGCCGAGAAAAUUAGAGCAAAUAAGAGAUUUUCUGUGUAUAUUGUUAUUCCAAUGUGGCCAGAAGGUGCUCCAACUGGUGCUGCUACUCAAAGGAUUCUAUUUUGGCAGAAUAAGACAAUGCAAAUGAUGUAUAAGACUAUCUACAAGGCUUUGGUGGAGGUUGGGCUUGAGGGAGCUUACUCACCACAAGAUUAUCUAAACUUCUUUUGCCUCGGCAACCGUGAGGCCAUAGAUGUAUAUGACGCCAUAGUUCCUGGAAGUCCUGCUUCUAACACUCCUCAGGCACUUAGUCGAAAAAACCGACGAUUUAUGAUUUAUGUUCAUUCAAAGGGCAUGAUAGUUGAUGACGAAUAUGUAAUAUUGGGUUCUGCAAACAUCAACCAGCGCUCCAUGGAGGGCACUAGGGACACUGAGAUUGCAAUGGGAGCAUAUCAACCUCAUAAUACCUGGGCAAGAAAACUUUCUAAUCCGCGUGGACAGAUUCAUGGAUAUAGGAUGUCAUUAUGGGCAGAGCAUAUUGGAGGUAUUGAGGACUGCUUCACACAUCCGGAGUCUAUUGAAUGUGUGAGAAGGGUUAGAUCGCUGGGCGAGAUGAACUGGAAACAAUUUGCGGCUGAUGAGGUCACAGAGUUGAGGGGCCACCUGUUAAAAUACCCUGUUGAAGUUGAUCGAAAGGGCAAGGUGAGUCCCCUCCCCGGAUGUGAAACUUUCCCAGAUGUGGGAGGAAAUGUAGUUGGGUCAUUUAUUGCCAUUCAGGAGAACUUAACGAUCUAAGCAGAUUGCAUCCGGCUUCUACUUGGUACCAAAUUAAAUUAUAGAGUAAAAGAAAGUACAGUUCUGGCAUGUAUUUGUUGCAUGUCUGGAACCCAUAAUGCUGUAUAGUUCUUUUUCUUUUCCCUCUUGUUGUUUUAGUGUAGAGUUUACAAUUUUUUCAUUGUAAUCAUAUUUCAGGAUAACGUACCCAAAAGAAGAAUCAGUCAGGUGUUUUUUA